GGCCUCGUGCCGGGGGCUGCAGGAGGGGGAGGGGCGCCGCGUUUCUUUGCCCUGUGCCCGGGGCACGCUGCGGCCGGCGGUCUUAAUUGCAGGGUUCCAGACCUCGCCCCUGCGCCUGGCACCCCAGGCUCAUCUUAUGCAGGAUUGCGAGGCACAAAGUUUUAUCCUGGGUCAGUUUGCAGGGGGUCAUGCGGACACGGUGUGGCUUGCAUCAACAGCAGUUCCAAAGGAGUUAGGACGGGGCUGCAUGGGCCCUGCUGCCUUGCCUUUGUUGGAAGGAGGAGGAGCCCAGAGUUCUGAGCCCGGAGAAGCUGUCAGGAGGCUUCCUGCAAACAUUUAUGUUUGCAGACUGAGUUUUGGGCCUGGGAGGUGGUAGGGCCGCGUGGCCCCUCCUCCCAGAGUGGCACUAACUCCCUCCCUUAACUGGUAAAAUUCCCAGUAGGACAUUUGGCAAAAGGGCUGGGCAGGGAGCUGCCAACCGGGCCUGGCCCUGUUUCCUGGGUUCCCAGGGUGUUGGCUUCUCCCCUACCCUGCCUUCCUCUCUCACCUUAGGCCCCAGAUGAACACACCAUCCCUCCUGUCCCAUCUUCCUCAGACGGGUUGGGACUCGCAGAGCGAUCUAACAAGCAGAGGAGGAAAAUAACAACAGAAUAACUGUCACAGGCUGCAAAAACAGGCUUUGAUCCGAAGUGGGCGAAUAAUUUAUUGAGAAAGUUUGCAUGGUAGGAGAAAAAAGGGAUGUUUGUUUGAUCUGGAGCCCUCUCAGUUGUCCCAAGUGCUGCUGGCUGUUGUUUUGAGUGGAAAAGGAUUUGGUUCUGCAGCAAAUGCUUCGCAGGGGGAAGUCCUCGCCCCAGGCAGCAGGACUUACAGUGAAUGUUGGUUUUGAAACUGUUUGGCCGAGGGUCUUCCCAGCACUUUUGGAGAUGAAGUGUUUAAGGAUAGUUAUUUGGGCUCAGGAUGCAGCAAACGUUUCCAGAACGUUUUCCCAUCCAAAAUGCUUUUCCUUUCCCUAAAUUGCCUGGCCGAACAGCCAGUACCAGCGAUCCAAGAGGCUGUCAGAAAUCUCCACUUAGCUUUCAUUGACAGGUGAGGUGGGACUGCUGGUCCCCGGGCCCCAGAUACACCACCGCAGUCUUGCAGUUAGGCCUUUGACACUGACUCUCACAUCCUUGUGGUUGGGGGCAGGGUGUUCUGGUUGUAACCGGUGCUCCUGUGCACAAGGAGGUGCUUGUCUUACGCUCAUGACCUGGGGAAAGAGGCUUCUAGUCCAAAGUCUUUCACAGCACGUGCAGCCCGCCCUCCGGGACCUCACAGUUCUCUCUUUAGGUUCUCUGAGGGGGAGGACAGGUGAGAGUUGGGGGGAUUAGGAUACCCCUGGCUUGCCUUGUCCUCCACAAAGGACAUGUACCAUGUGGCUCAAAAGCCACAGGUCCCAGCUCCAAGCUCCCCUUCACACAGCUCCCAGGAAUACCCCCGUCCACACCCAGGAACUUACAGGCCUGUGUACUGUAGCCUACGGGGAUGGGCUACACCCUCUGCAGUCAGCUUAGAUUUGAGUCCUGCCUGUGCAGUUACCAGCUGUGAUAAUGGCUCUGUGCCUCAGUUUCUUUAUCUGCUUAGUAACAGCACCUGCCUCCUGGCAGGUGGGCAGAAUGAGCCACACAUUGCCUAAGAAAGAUGUAGCCCAAAGCUGGGCAUGUGGUAAGUACUUGAUUAGUAUCAGCCGUUCUUACUGUUUUUAUUCAUGACCUGGGGAGGGCCCCAGUGCAGCUUUGACCUUUGAUCUCUCACCUUUAGGCUAGGCCAGAGAGCCAGCUCCCUUCUUUGAAGAAGGGGUCAGAGGAUCCUGCCGAGGCCAGCGGGCAGCCGGAUGUGGGAACGAGCGGCCCGAGCUUUGCCCUCUCUGAGGCGAAGAGUAGGGUGAGAAGGUGUAAAGGACAAAGCAGACCAAGCCCUCCUCCUCCCAGCACCCCUUGGAAAUUUAUGUAAAAAGCCAGAUCCAGUCUUCUGGGAGGUACGUCUUUCCAUCAUCCUUGGUCCAGUGAGGGGCGGAGCUCGGCUCUGACCCUGUCACCCCUGAACCCACGGCCCCUACUUCUAACGCUGUGGGAGGCCCCGGCUGGGAAGUGCCCACUUCGCGGGAAAUGAAGAGAAAUGGAAUUCACGUCCGCGACUGCAGGAGAGCAACGGAUGGAAGAGAAGAGACGAAAAUACUCCAUCAGCAGCGACAACUCCGACACCACUGACAGUCACGCCACAUCUACGUCAGUGUCAAGAUGCUCCAAACUGCCCAGCAGCACCAAGUCGGGCUGGCCCCGGCCGAACGAAAAGAAGCCCUCCGAGGUUUUCCGGACAGACCUGAUCACUGCCAUGAAGAUCCCAGACUCGUACCAGCUCGGCCCAGAGGACUACUACGUCCUGGCCGACCCGUGGCGGCAGGAAUGGGAGAAAGGUGUGCAGGUGCCCGCCGGGGCCGAGGCCAUUCCGGAGCCCGUGGUGAGGAUCCUCCCGCCGCUGGAAGGCCCCCCUGCCCAGGUGUCCCCGAGUGGCUCUGCCCUUGGCGAGGGCUCCCAGCCUGACUGGCCCGGGGGCAGCCGCUAUGACCUGGAUGAGAUUGACGCCUACUGGCUGGAGCUCAUCAACUCAGAGCUCAAGGAGAUGGAGAGGCCGGCGCUGGACGAGCUGACGUUGGAGCGUGUGCUGGAGGAGCUGGAGACUCUGUGCCACCAGAACAUGGCCCGGGCCAUCGAGACGCAGGAGGGGCUGGGCAUCGAGUACGACGAGGACGUUGUCUGUGACGUGUGCCGCUCUCCCGAGGGCGAGGAUGGCAACGAGAUGGUCUUCUGUGACAAGUGCAACGUCUGUGUGCACCAGGCUUGCUACGGGAUCCUCAAGGUGCCCAUGGGCAGCUGGCUGUGCCGGACGUGUGCCCUGGGUGUCCAGCCCAAGUGCCUGCUCUGCCCCAAGCGAGGAGGAGCCUUGAAGCCCACCAGAAGCGGGACCAAGUGGGUGCACGUCAGCUGCGCCCUGUGGAUCCCUGAGGUCAGCAUUGGCUGCCCGGAGAAGAUGGAGCCCAUCACCAAGAUCUCUCACAUCCCGGCCAGCCGCUGGGCUCUGUCCUGCAGCCUCUGCAAGGAGUGUGCGGGCACCUGCAUCCAGUGCUCCAUGCCUUCCUGCGUCACAGCGUUCCACGUCACGUGCGCCUUCGACCACGGCCUGGAAAUGCGGACUAUAUUAGCAGACAACGACGAGGUCAAGUUCAAGUCCUUCUGCCAGGAGCACAGCGACGGGGGCCCGAGGGGUGAGCCCACUUCGGAACCCGCGGAGCCCAGCCAGGCUGGCGAGGACCUGGAGAAGGUGACCGUGCGCAAGCAGCGGCUGCAGCAGCUGGAGGAGGACUUCUACGAGCUGGUGGAGCCGGCCGAGGUGGCCGAGCGGCUGGACCUGGCCGAGGCGCUGGUGGACUUUGUCUACCAGUACUGGAAGCUGAAGAGGAAAGCCAACGCCAACCAGCCGCUGCUGACCCCCAAGACCGACGAGGUGGACAACCUGGCGCAGCAGGAGCAGGACGUCCUCUACCGCCGCCUGAGGCUCUUCACGCACCUGCGGCAGGACCUGGAAAGGGUUAGAAACCUGUGCUACAUGGUGACAAGGCGCGAGAGAACGAAACACGCCCUCUGCAAGCUCCAGGAGCAGAUAUUCCACCUGCAGAUGAAACUAAUCGAGCAGGAUCUGUGUCGAGAGAGGUCUGGGAGGAGGUCAAAGGGCAAGAAGAGUGACUCGAAGAGAAAAGGCCGCGAGGGCCCCAAGGACAGUCCCGAGAAGAAAGAGAAAGUGAAGCCGGGGCCCGACUCAGUGCUGGGGCAGCUGGGCCUGUCCACUUCCUUCCCCAUCGACGGGACCUUCUUCAACAGCUGGCUGGCUCAGUCGGUGCAGAUCACGGCGGAGAACAUGGCCAUGAGCGAGUGGUCGCUGAACAACGGGCACCGCGAGGACCCCGCCCCGGGGCUGCUGUCGGAGGAGCUGCUGCAGGACGAGGAGACGCUGCUCAGCUUCAUGCGGGACCCCUCGCUGCGCCCCGGCGACCCUGCCCGGAAGGCCCGCGGCCGCACCCGCCUCCCCGCCAAGAAGAAGCCGCCACCGCAGGACGGGCCCGGUCCCCGGAUGACUCCAGACAGACCGACUCCAGACAAGCCCCCCAAGAAGCCCUGGGGCCAGGAUGCCGGCAGCGGCAAGGGGGGCCAAGGGCCUCCCGCCCGGAAACCAUCACGGCGGACAUCUUCUCACUUGCCGUCCAGCCCUGCAGCCGGGGACUGUCCCAUCCCGGCAGCCCCGGAAAGCCCCCCGCCGCUGGCCCCCGAGACCCCGGACGAGGCAGCCCCGACGGCUGCUGACUCAGAUGUCCAAGUGCCUGGCCCUACAGCAAGCCCCAAGCCCUUGGGCCGGCUCCGGCCACCUCGAGAGAGCAAGGUAACCCGGAGAUCGCCGGGUGCCAGGCCUGAUGCUGGGACUGGACCGCCUUCCGCUGCGGCCGAGAGGCCAAAGGUCAGCUUACAUUGUGACACAGAGACUGAUGGCUACUUCUCGGACGGGGAGAUGAGCGACUCAGAUGUAGAGGCUGAGGACAGCGGGGUGCAGCGAGGUCCCCGGGAGGCGGGGGCUGAGGAGGUGGUCCGCAUGGGGGUGCUGGCCUCCUAGCUCCCCCACCCUUGCCCUGGGCCCCCAGCGAGGCCUCAGCCCAGUCACAACUGCCGUUUCCAAUCUCCGCCGAGUGUCCCAGACCCUCCAGGCUGCCACUCUGUCGUGGUUUUAUUUUUAAUAGCGAGAGAGUUUUGCAUUCUACACUGUUGUCUUUCCUCUGUGCUGGCCCAGGACAUUAGGAUUCCUUCCACGGCUCUGGCCGCAAGGACCACGCCAGGGCCUGGCGCCAUCCCUGCCCCCGCCCGCGCGGCGGCGCUGGGCUCCUGGCUGGUACAGGCGAGGGGAGGAAGAGCUCAGGACUCAGCCCGCUGCCACCGGCUGACACAGACUGUCGUUUGGGCAUUAUUUCCCGGCAGAUGGGCCAGUCCAGGGCCCGCCCGCCUUGCCCCCCAAUCCCACUGGGGUCCAUCUGAGGGGUCCUGCUGCACUCCACCGAUCCCCGAGGAAGUAUAACAAGCGAUACCCGGCCAGAGUCUACUCACUGUCACAAGCACAACGAGCUUACAUGAGAAAGCACCGAGGGGCACAGGGGCUGCUGGUUCCGGCGGAGCCAGAGCUUUUCCCGAUCGACCCGCUCUUUGGGGCCACCCGCACCCCCCGUCCGCUGCUCCGCCCCUGCCAGCGCCCAGCCGGGCCCUGGGACGGGCGUCGCGGAAUCCUUCCUGAGCUGUGCCGUUUUCUCAGGGGACUCCCGAACAGCCGGCCGCCGCCGCGGGCUGCCAGGGAGGGCCAGUGCCCAGACCGGUCGUGGGGCUCAGACCAGCCCACUGCGGAGAAUCACUCUGGGCUCCAACUUCCUUCCUUCCUUCGGGGCCAGUCUCGGCUGCAGUCCGGUCACUCCCAGACGGAGCUGACUGGACCGGGCCCUUUGCCUUCUCAAGUGUCCUAGUCCUGCUAAGAGCUUCUUCCUUGGUUUCCUUUUGGAAACUCCUCCUUCCAACAUGCGGUGGGAUCCCGGGGCCCAGGGCGGGCCAGCGCUGGCCUGCGGGGCGGCUGUGAGUCUGGCUGGACCCUCCUGUGUUCCUCCGUUCCCCUGAGCCUUAACCCCGGUCCCCGCGGAGCCCUCCCCGCCACCACGGUCCUGCCCUCCCCGCCCUCCCGUAGGCCCCAGGUAGUUGUCGGAAGAGUUUCAGGGGAGUGGCCCCAGGGUGAUAGCUCAGGGAACAUACAAAAGGAAUUCAGUGAAAACAUUUUUUUUUUUUUCUUCUACGAAUUACUCCUGGGUCACUUCCGCCACUGGUAAAGCCAGAACUUCUCCAACAAGAACCUUGCAAAAGCCCAGUGAACCAGUCGAAUCAUUCUGUGGAUGCCAAAGAAUAUUUUGACCAUAAUACAGCACAGCCUGGACCUGACAACUUGUCACUUGGACUUUUUUAAAAAUGGAGUUCUUUAGCAACAAAGUAUAGAAACAUGUCCAUCGCACACACUUAAGGAGAAGAGCCCGAGCUCUUGGAAGAGGAUGCUUCUCUGCUGCUGAACUGUACCUGGGUGUUGGGCUUCAGAUCCUGGGCUAGGCCCCCUGUGCGCUCCCCGCUCUCGGAGAGUCGCAGAGGGGGAGUCCUGACAGUGAAACCAGCAUGGAGCGGUCUUUACCACGUGGUCCCCAGCCCCACCCCCCAACACACAAAGCAAAUAAGCAGGAUGGGGAACGGCUUGACCUUCAUCCACCCCUGAUUCCAAAACUAUCAAGGUACGACAGUGGCAUUGUCAUUGACACUCGAUUUCAUGUGAAUUCUAGCAAAACAGGAAACAAAGAUAAUGACUAAGUUCAGAGGAUUAGACGAAUCUGUCUAGUCCGAGCGGACUCGAGGGACUGGGGGGGCUUCAAGGAUUCUGGGCGUUGGGAUGGCAUGAGCUACGCGUAGACUUAGUCCGCCUGCCCGCCUUGGUAGUAGUGACCAGUGCAGCGUCGUGUCAGCGUCCCAACCCCAGUCUCUGUUUACUGCCUUUGAACAGACCUUCCUUCCCUGUGCUUUGGGUCAGCUCAGGCCGCAGCCUGGUCUGUGCCGGACUGCCUGGUCUGACCCCGCAGGCAGCAAAGGGUGAGCUUAAAGAACAACGAAACCCUGCUGGGGGCCGGGUGCCAGCAAAGCUCAGGAUCGAGCAGGGUCAGCACUCGCCCCUUGCCCCUGUGCACCCUGCUGGGGCGGGCUCUCUGGUGACGGGGGCAGGUGGAGAAUUAGGGGGAGGACACUGUGAGUCUGGCCUCUUGCCAGGAGGCAGCCCAGCUCUGCAGCCAGGGCCAGGCCUGGCCCGCGCAGGCUGACAGGGCAGCUGGCGUUCUUCAGAGCGUCUCUGUUCAAGGUUGCGUCUAGACUCUGGCCCCUCUUCUCCGCUGGCUAUUGCUCUGGACUGGACUACCCUGGGGCCUGUGUCCCGCAGAGCCCAGGAUCUGUGAGGCCGGCAGGCUGGAGACACCUUCACUCCUAGGCCAGGCCCCGGAGCAGCCUUUACCAGGCAGCUGUCUCCACCUCCAGGCUGUCCACCAGGCUGCAAGGAGGGCAAGGACGGCUUCCCGGGCCCCAGCCUGCUCCCCGGUUAGCCACAGCCGCUUCACUCUUCUCCAGCCUGCUGUCCACUGUGUAGGGGACUCCGUUGCCCCUGAGACCGAGGCUGGUUCCUUUUCCAGGCCAGAGGCUGAGGCAGGUCUUUCUCUUGACCACAUCUGUGCAUACUCAACUCCUCCUCCUCGGAGGGAGAGCUGCUCCGCAACUCAUCCGGCUGUCGUCCCCCAUGUGUGCCGUCCCGGCUGCCCACCACCAUCCCCCUCAUCACAUGACCAAGGAGAAUGUGCAAGGAAAGUAUUUUUAUGUAUCGUAAAUGUAUUUUGAAACAAACAAGGAGAAGAAAGGUAAAGGGUUUAUUUUACUAGACGGGCUCUGCCUUGGUGACGGUGUGUGAGCAUUUGCAACGUAAGGGCCUCCACUUCCUCAGAGAAGCUGCCCAGGUUUCCAGACACGGGUGUUGGGCUGCUGGGGGUGUGCCAGGGCACGUCACGUGUGUCCGUGUGAGUGCGUGUCUGUGUGUGGUGGUUGGGCAUGUGUGGGACGCGGCCGGGGCGAUUCCUAGAGAUUCAGCUGCCCAACUCCAACAGACACUGGCAGCGCUGGACUUGGCAUUUCCUUGCUCACUGCCAGAUGUGGCCGACCUCUGCCCAUGGCCAAAGCUCCGAAGAAUGGUCUGGAUCCCUGUAGCGAGGCCCCUGGGGAGGCCACUCUCCCACGCCCUGGGCCCCGCCGGCCACAUUGGCCAAAGAGCUAGGGCUGGAGUCUGGGACCUUGGGUUCUUCUUUGAGGUACUUCCUGCCACCUUCUCCCGCAGAUGUGCAGACACUCUGUGCUCCGCACGGUUUGGUGGGGUGGCGGGGGGCGAUAUGAAUGUCACAGGAGGAGACACCUUCUGUCUUUGUUUCAAAGAAAGUGAUGUGCCAUUUGUUAAUAUACAAGAGAAAUACUGAAAAUAUAUUGAAAAGAGCAAUUUUAAAUUAUUUUUGGCUUAUGUUGCAAUAUUUAUUUUCUUGUAUUAGAAAAGAUUCCUUUGUAGAGAAAAAAUGUAUUUUUCAUUAACGCAAAGACCUAUUUCUCCUUUUUGUACAUUGUCCAUGUUCGCAGCCCCUAACGAGCAAUAGAAUGUACGGCCACCACCCCGGGUGUGGCCCGCGCCCUGCAUGACUCUGUGUUGCCGCUGCUGCAUAGCCCCCAGCCCCAUCCUGUCCCGCUCACUCACGGGGGCUUCCGGACCCGCCCGCCAGGGCUUGUGUGUCACGGCGCCCUUUGCACUCCUCGUGUGUUGGCAGACGCAGUAAUAAAGCAAUGUUUUCUGUG